GAUGACAUCAGACUGUCAGCUUGUCCAAAAAUUCUUGAUUUCGUCUGGUUAGUCAUAGUUGGUCACAACAUUUAUGAAUUACGCAGAUUGCCACGAUCGACCGCACGUCCUAAAUAAAGUGAUCACCAUUUCGAAGUGAUACACGACUGCCGUUGAAGAAAAUCGAGCAAAAUGAGUUUCUUCGGAAAGAUCUUUGGCGGUAAGAAGGAUGAUAAAGCGCCUACGACUGGCGAAGCUAUCCAAAAACUCCGAGAGACUGAGGAGAUGCUCAUCAAGAAACAGGAGUUCCUCGAGAAGAAAAUCGAACUAGAAAUUACGACGGCGAAAAAAAAUGCAUCCAAAAAUAAAAGAGCUGCCAUUCAGGCGCUCAAGAGAAAGAAGAGAUAUGAGAAACAGUUACAACAAAUUGAUGGAACGCUCAGUACUAUUGAAAUGCAGAGAGAAGCUUUGGAAGGUGCUAAUACCAAUACUGCAGUGCUUACAACAAUGAAAGAUGCUGCAGAUGCUCUCAAAGCUGCCCAUAAACACAUGGAUGUUGAUCAAGUACAUGACAUGAUGGAUGACAUUGCUGAACAACAAGAUGUCGCUCGAGAAAUUUCCGACGCCAUUAGCAACCCCGUUGCGUUCGGUCAAGACGUGGAUGAAGACGAGCUCGAGAAAGAAUUGGAAGAAUUGGAACAAGAAGCGCUUGAAGAUGAACUUAUCAAAGUUGGGCCAGCUGCUGAUGAUCUACCAGCUGUUCCUGAAGGAGAAGUCGUUAAACCAAGACCAGCCAAAAAAGUGGAAGAAGACGACGAUAUGAAAGAAUUAGAAAAUUGGGCGUCGUAAACCAGUCAAUAUCGAAAUCCGGAUGUCAGUGUUUGUUGGAGAGUUAUCUAGCGAUAUAAAAACAUUUAAACUGCAACAGAACUCGUCGAGUUGUCACGUGGCAUACAUUUAAAUUUGCACAUAAACCGCCUAUACAUAAACUAUUUUAAUAUUAGAACUACAUUUAAUGGAAACUACGUUUUUUUUGGUAUUUGAAAUUUGAAGAUUAUGCAAACCAGGAUGAUAUACACAAAACGAAUGCUAAUUAUUGAUUAAUCAAAAUAAGCUUUUUUAAUAUUGUAAAUACGAUUAAUUGAAUUGUUGAGAAGGUUAUUAAAUGAAAAGAAUUGUCAAAGAUAUAAAAAUAAACGCAAAAUGUAAAAGUUGAGCAGGGAAAAACCAAGUAAGUGAAAAAAGAGUUAUCGUCACCAGAUUAUAGAAAAAUAAUGAAUAAUAUUUUUAUAAACAUAAGUUAUUAUCUAAUUAAUAUAAAUAUUCAUUGAGAAUCGUAUUGUCUUAGUAGGAAUAUUGUACUUGUCAGGUUCAACUUGACUUCAGUCGAUUGAAAUGGCAAAUGGCGCGUCUUUCGUUUUAAUUAAGUGGAAGUAUUUUGUUUAUUAUUAUUUUUGAUGAAUAAAUAUACAUGAUAGCUAA